AUGCAUGUGAUGAAUUGUGUCUCCUUGGUCAGUGAUAAAGAAAAUGGGCAUAUCGCCACAGCAGCUGGAUUCAUGAUCGGGCAAACACCGCCCGCAGCAUCGCCUGCACCUCCUCCUCCACCCCCUCCACCUCCACCAUGUCCAUAUUCAGGGGAAGGGUUUCCUCCUUGUCCUCCUCCUCCCCUACCACCUCCACUUCCUGGGGGGCCUCCUGUGCCACCUCCCCCUCCAGGACUACCCCCAACUUCUCACAUGAAUGGCUAUAGCCACCUUGGCAAGAAAAAGCGGAUGAGAAGCUUUUUUUGGAAAACCAUUCCAGAGGAACAAGUUCGUGGCAAAACCAACAUCUGGACCUUGGCAGCCAGGCAGCAGCAUCACUACCAAAUCGAUACAAAGACCAUCGAGGAGCUCUUUGGGCAGCAAGAAGACACCACCAAGUCUUCCCUUCCUAGGAGAGGAGGAACUUUAAAUUCAUCCUUUAGGGAUGCUCGGGAAGAGAUUACUAUCUUGGAUGCAAAACGGAGCAUGAACAUUGGGAUAUUUCUUAAGCAAUUUAAGAAGUCUCCUCAGUCCAUUGUAGAAGAUAUUCAUCAAGGAAAGAGUGAGCAUUAUGGAUCAGAGACAUUGCGAGAAUUUCUUAAGCUUUUGCCAGAGUCAGAAGAGGAAAAGAAGUUAAAAACAUUUAGUGGUGAUGUGUCCAAGCUGUCCCUGGCAGACUCCUUUCUGUACUACUUAAUUCAGGUGCCAAACUAUUCCCUUCGGAUUGAAGCCAUGGUGCUAAAGAAGGAAUUUUUACCUUCUUGCUCUUCUUUAUACACAGAUAUAACAAUCUUAAGAUCUGCUACAAAAGAGCUGAUGUCAUGUGAAGAGCUACAUUCGAUAUUACACUUGGUGCUCCAGGCUGGGAAUAUCAUGAAUGCAGGAGGCUAUGCUGGCAAUGCAGUAGGAUUUAAACUGUCUUCUUUGCUCAAAUUGGCCGACACAAAAGCAAACAAACCUGGUAUGAAUCUUCUGCACUUUGUUGCACAGGAAGCCCAAAAGAAAGAUGCCAUUCUUCUAAACUUUUCAGAAAAAUUGCAUCAUGUUCAGGAGGCUGAUAGAUUAUCUCUCGAUAACACGGAGGCAGAACUACACUCGCUGUUUGUCAGGACGAGAUCGCUAAAGGAAAACAUCCAGCGGGAUGGUGAACUUUGCCAGCAGAUGGAAGAUUUCCUUCAGUUUGCUGGAGAAAAGCUGACAGAACUGGAGCGCUGGAAGCAGGAGCUCCUGGACGAGGCCCACAGCCUUAUAGACUUUUUCUGCGAAGACAAAGAAACCAUGAAACUGGACGAAUGCUUUCAGAUAUUUAGAGACUUCUGUACCAAAUUCAACAAAGCAGUUAAGGACAACCAUGAUCGGGAGGUGAAGGAGCAGAAGCAGCUGCAGCGGCUGAAGGAGCUGGAGCAGAAGCGGCGCUCAUGGGCUGCUGGGGAGCUUGGGGGCUUUGGCCGGAGCAGCAGUGAGAAUGACGUGGAGUUGCUGAGCAAGAAGGGUGCAGAGGACCUGCCCCCAUUCCUGCACCCCAGGCCUAUCAGCCCCUCCUAUCGGCCCCCCAACACCCGCCGCUCCCGCCUCUCCCUGGGCACCUCUGCAGACCGGGAGCUGCUGACUUUCCUGGAGAGCUCCACCUGCAGUCCCGAGGACCCCAGCAAGUUCAACAGCUUGCCCUGGAGUGGCCCCCGGCAGGCCCGGCCCACAGUAGCCUGGAUGGGGUCUGGAGAACCAAGGGACCACAACUGCAAACCUCAGCCCUCAGAGGGCCAGGAAAAAGCCCUCGACCCACCCUCAGCUCGGCGGGGCCAGCUUUCAGCCCCGCUGCCUGAGGAACCGGCCUCUGCCUUCCCCCGAGUUCAGCGCAGUGGGGUCAGUGUCCUCCGAAAAAGGAACAGUGAACCUGUGGGCUUGGUUCUGGCAAGGCCCCCCCAACUCUCGCCAUUGGCUCUGGGCAUUCAGGAGCAUGAGCUGGUGACAGGGCUGGCCCAGUUCGAUCUCCAGAGUCCCAAGGGCCUGGAGGAGAUGUCCCAGCUGACCCUAAAUGACUUCAGCCCUGUGCAGCUGGAGUCUCUGGGCGAUGGGAGCUCACAGUCCCUCAGUUCCAGCAAUGUCAGCCUGACGCCCGUGAACAGAGAUGCCCAAGGGAGUCUCAGCCCCGUCCUGGAGGCUGACAGGGCAGGCCCUGGCGAGCCCAGCAGCGCGGCUCUGGUGUCUGUGGGGAGCAGCGAUCCUGAGCACAAAGAUCCGGGGUCACUGUUCUGCAUCUCCGACACCACCGACUGCUCACUGACCCUGGACUGCUCUGAGGGAACCGACUCCAGACCUGGGGCGGGGGAGCCCGAGGCGGGGGGAGAAGGGGAUGGCUCUGUGUCCUCCGGGGUUGGCGGGGGAGCGGGCAGCCAGGUCUCCUCUAACCCUGCUUCCAGCCCCCCUGGGGAGGCUCCUGCUCCCGUCUCCGUGAAGAGUGAGCCCAGCUGCAAGGGUGGCCUUCCCAGGGACAGAACCGCCAAAGGUCAGGAUGUGAUGGCACCAAAGAGGAGCUCCCUCAAAGAGGCGUCUCCGGGAGCCUCCAGGGCCGGGAGCAUGCGGCGGAGCCAGGGGCCUGCGCCCAAGCCGGUGCGGACCUUGCACGCGUCCGAGAGCGAGAGCAUGCGCAAGGUCGUGCCUAUCUCCAAGGCCAGCAGGGGCGCCGCGGGCUGGAAGCGGCCGGAGCCGCCGUCGCGGGGCCCCCCGCGGGAGACCCCCGGCGGUGCAGACACGUCGUUGUCACGCCGGAGCUCCGUGAGGGGGACCUCGGACACCUCGCCCCGCAGGCCCUCCACGGGGGCUGGGGCGGCGGCCACCGUGGCCGAGGAGCAGAGGCUGCCGCGGGUGGGUAGUAGCACCCGCCCGGGGAAGGAGUCCCCCCUGCAGCACCGGGGCUCUCUCAAGAAGCCCAGCGCCAAACCCCUCAGGAGCGUCCCCAGACAGAAGCCUGACGAAAAUAAGAUCUGCCGCUCCAACUCCCAGGGCCCCGAGAGUCCUGAGGAAGAGCCCAGGUCCCCGCCGGCCCCCACUGUCCCCCGUGUCCCGCCCCCCAUCCCAAGCUUUGCCCGAAACACGGUGGCCUCCUCAUCGCGGUGCACGAGAACAGAUUUCCCUCCUGGGGCCAAAGUCCCCGGCAUCACUCGGACAGUGUCCCAGCGGCAGCUGAGGCUGAAGGGUGGCCCUGAGGAUGCUGCUGCCAAGGACAGCGGCACCCUGCGGCGGGCCAGCAGCGCCCGGGCCCCCAAGAAGUGCCCAGAGUCUGCUGAGGGUUCCGGUGCCAACGUGGAGGCCCCCCUGAGGGGCAGAGGGGCUGGGGAAAGGGCCUCCCUCAGACUGAAAGACUCAAGUCGGACCGCGCUGGGGAAAAUUCUCAACCCGCUGUGGAAGUGAAGGCUGCCUGUCCUCUCUUGCCUCCUGGGACUCAUGGUGAGGGCUGACCUCUGGGACGAGGGUGCGGGAGAGGCCAACCCCGAAUGUCUCUGUUACACAUAAAGCAAUCCACUUGUGCCACCUGCUAACGAUCUGUCACCAGAGGUGCAGUCUGGGAGGCUGGUGGACUGCAGCCCGGUGCGCUGACUCCUGCUGUGACAUCCAGAGUCUGGAGGAACACUCACUACUGUGGGGGGCUCAGCCUCCCUCGCACACCCGACCCUGCCCUAAGUCCCUCCCCACCGACAGAGAUCCCGUGAAAGACUCGGACGUGUAAGAUGACAUUCUUAUGUAACAAG